UGCAGUUUUUAAUCACGCGAUCUCUUCAGUUUUCCUUACCACUGGUUGUUGAGGAUUUCGCUUUUUUUGUUGAAAACGCCACGUUUAAGAGCAUGACGCUGAAACGAGUCUGCUUCGAGUGCCACGUGUCCACUUCCCGAACGUAAACUGAGCUGACAACGUGUUAACCGUAGCGUGAAACUGUAAAAAUAAGCCAGCGUUGAAUAAAUAACCAUAUCCCCUUCUUAUUGCCCGAACUUUCAUUGUUUUUCAGCCGGUCCAGGGCGGGUGGCUUGCAUCGCUAAUAGACAUCUAUUUGCAUAACAAGGGAAAAAUUGAAAAUUUUGAUUUCAGGUUGUUCAAGACAUAAGACCGGCUUGUGGUGAACUUAUCCAACUAGACACGAGGGAGGAAAAACUUCAACGCGAAUUGUGGACCUCAAAAAGGUUUCUCUGCCUGUCGACAUUCGGAUGCAAUGGAGGUGUUCAAUCAGGCUUACGAUGAGUUAACUGGUGAAAAUUCCUUUAAGAAUGGAAAUUUGUCCCACGGAUGUCAAAUAUUCAGCGGUAAAAGCUCGCCUAAAGACCGUUCCCAGGACAGGAAACUUCUCUUCAAGAUAUCCUCACUCUUGGACAAGAAGGAGCUCGACACCACAUCGUACCCGGAAAAUCUCUUUGAAGAGCGAGAGCUCUCGGAUGCCAGCGAUAUUGAUGUCAGUGGUGAUCAAGAUUAUUUGCUGGAGGAGAAGAAAUGCAACAAGAAUGCGGAAGAGACCGUGUUUACCAGGACUGGCAGUGAUGGGAAAGUCAAACUCACGGAAGAAGAAAAGGAAACGUUUGUCUCUGAAGGACUUCCUGUUCCCAACAGAAUACCGCUGACAAAGGCAGAGGAAAGAGCUCUUAAAAGAAUUCGACGUAAAAUAAAGAAUAAGCUCUCCGCACAAGAAAGUCGACGAAAGAAGAAAGAGUAUGUCGAGGGCUUAGAGAAAAGGAUGGAAGCGUGUAAUUCGGAGAAUAACAUUCUUAGACAAAAAGUAGAUUCACUAGAAUCGACUGUAAGAGCAUUGCUGAUAGAGCUCAAUAGGUUACGGAAGGUUUCUUUGGAGAAGGAGAGCAGAGAAACGACACACUCUCAAAUGAAGAGUAAAGGGACGCAGACAGGAACUUGCUUGAAAUGUUUCAUGAAAAGAAAUGCUGCCUACAGACAGCAGAACCUUGCUAGAUUAGAAAACCUGAAGCAAAACAACAACAUCUGCAAGCGGGAACCGGCUUACAGCUUGGCAAGGCUUGAAGCACACUCCUGACUGCCUUCACGGAACCACGUGACAUCAACAAUGCCAAAAUUGGCGGAACAGGCUCAACACAGUCUGUACCGAACAGGAUCGAGACAGUCAUUAUUCCUUACUGGGAUGAAAGAUGCGAUUUUGUUGAGAAGCUCGUAGGAACAAACUAGCGUAAAAUUCUUUCGCUGUUUUAGAGGAAUUAACUCUAGUACAGAAUUCUUUGACGUUAAAGCACUCGCAUAUUGCUCAUUCGUGGUAAAGGUAUCAUAAAGCUAGGUUUUAAAUAGAGAACAAAAUGCUGGAGAUGAUAUUACGCUCACUAGCUACAAUUAACAUUCAAGACAAUACUUUAAAAUGUGUUGUGAUAUGAAAUACGGAAACAUGAUCCUUUGAAAAUUCUUUUUGUAUAAACUCAUGUGCCAGAUAUCAUUUUUUCUGUUUUCAGAUGUUAAGUAUUUAUCACUGAAUGGUUGUAAAUAAUUGUAAAUCAUUUAUGACGACCAAAUUCGACAUUCGUGUAGAAGUGGAUAGGUUAGAAUUUUUUAUCAGUUGAAGAAAAAAGUUUGUAAAAAGAGUAGACUUUAAGAGGCACGUUGCUCGAUCAUUUGAUAGAUAUGGCAGAAAUUUUCUGAUCUGCCCUUUUAAGCCCUGUGGGAAAAUAAUAGAGAAACUGUAGAUAGUUAAUGAAUUCUGUGCGUUUUUUUUUUAAAGCUACCUUGAAAAAUAAAAUGCAGUGUCAAGGAAAAUGUAAUUUUUCACAAUUUCCUUCAGUGUUUGACAUCAGGGGCAUGAUGAAGCGCCAAUUAAACAGAGGCACGGGAUAUCUUAAACACUCAGCCACAGAUACCCGGACGCGAACCCGUACCCGCUCCCGUCCCCUCUGAUUAGGGAGAAAAUAGGGCCCUUGCUGGUGGAGUAUAACAAUGCCCUGUUUCGUUGUUCUCUCCUCGCCUUCACAAUUUCCCAUCGUAUGAGACAUACUACCGCCCGAGGGUCUUAGCCCGAAAGGGAUCUAGAGUUUCGCGCAUCUUAGUCUAACCCAGGAAGGCAGCGCUGAAAACAAAGGAAAGUGGAGCCCCGUUAAUCCAGCCCCAGACGGUCACCCGUAUUCAGGUAUUACUGGUCAUAUUGCUAGCUUUCACUGUCAUGCCAUCAAAAAUAAAGAUCGGAACCAUUCAACAAAUAAAGUCAAGAAUCAGGGAUAUGAUAGAUAGAUGACUGAUAUAUAAGCAACCUGGCCAAGAAUUAGGUCUGUGCAGUAUUUUUAUAGGCUAGUCAUUCAGAAAAUGGUUUUAACCAAAUUUAAAGAGCUUGUAUGGAGACACCGUGUCUAGUGUCCUUUGUAGCAGCUUGUGGGGCACCAAUAUGGUGCUGUAAAGUAAUCGGAACAUCUGUCGUUCACGGGCGCGGAUUCAGGUUAAAUGGUGAUCGAUUUCCGCCGGAAACAACGAGCGCUGAAGGGGGUCUAAGGCCAUGCUUCCCCAGGAGAUGUUUUGGAUUUGCAGUAAUUCUCUUUAAGUGCCUACGAAGUAAAAAAUAAUUCCUGCUUAUUUGAAAGGCUUUUUAAAG